GGGGGCUGCUUUGGCGGCGCAGCGGGGGGCGGCUGGUGCGGCGGCGGCUUCGCCGGCGGCAAGGGCUUCCAGGGCCAGGGCGGCAAGGGCGGCAAGGGCAAGGACAGCUUCGGGUCCCAGGGCGGACAGGGCGGCUUCGGAGGAGGAGCCAACAGCGAGGCGCAGAUGGACGAUUGGCUGGCGAGGAGGUUCAACAAGUCGGCCUCCUCCAGCGCGCCGUCCAGCUCCCAGGACAGCAAGGCACAGGCGAAGCCGCCGCAGCAGACGCAGCCCGCCCCGAGGCCGCCUCAGGCGCAGCCGCAGAAGCCCCACGGCCAGAUGGUGGGCUUCGGCCAGCAGGCACCGCCCCGUGUCAGAAUGCAGCAGCAGCAGAUGCUGAUGAUGCAGCAGCCGUGGCAGUGGCAGCAGCAGCCGCAGCCGCAGCCGCAGCCGCAGCAGCCGCUGGGACCAUCGUCUGCCGCCCAGGCGGCCGGCGUCGGCGCUAGCAGCGACCGCGACCGCCUGGCCGGCGUGCGGGCGGGCGACAGCCCGCGCACUGCCGAGUGGAAGCGGACGGUGUACCAGGAUGGGGCCUUCGGGAAGACCGGUGACGAUUGGAUGGCCAGGCGAGAGAAGGCGGGCCCGUCGAAGAAGGCGCCCUCUGGCGCCGCCAACGUGACCGAGCAGCCCGAGGUCCGGGGGCGGGCUCCGCGCCCCGAGGAACUCGCAAACCUGUUCCGGGACGAGCGGCCCUGGGACGAGAUCAAGGACGAUGCGGAGGAGGAGCAGGGCGCUGCCUUCGAGGAGAAGGUACUGCGGCUGCACCAGACCUACGAGAGAAAGAGCGAGCCGAAAGGCUCGGGGGACGAGGCCGAACCCGCCAACAGCGUGCCCAAGGCGCCCAAGGCGGGCGCCGAGGAGGCGGCGCCGAAGGCGGCCGCCGCCGCGGAGGCCGCCCCCGCGGCGCGGACGCAGGAGACGCCCGCCGCCUUCGCCGGAGGAUGGCCGUCGCCGCCCACCGAGGCAGAGAUGGAGGAAGAGGCCCGGAGGGCGGAGGCGGCGGAGGCGGCGGCCGCGGCGGCUGCGGCGGAGACGCCGCCGGCGGACGAGGCGCCAGCCACCGCGGACGCAGCGGAAGCCGAGCCGGCGCCGGCGCCGAAGCCGGCCGAGCCCAAGUCUUGGGCGGCGAGAGUCGCGGCGAAGCCGCCGCCGAGCCCGCCGCGGCAGAAGGCCGCGUCCCCGGCGCAGCCUGGUGCGGCGCCGGCGCGGGCGGCAGCGCCCGCUGCGCAGGCUGCGCCGGUGGCGCCAGCGGCCGAGGCGAAGGUGGCGUCUGCCGCGGCUGCAACGGUGCCGGCGGAGGCGCCCACCGCAGCAGCAGCCGCCGCCGAGGCGAGCUCUGCGGACUCCAACGCGAAGAGGAAGAAGGCGCUGCAGAAAAAGAUGCGGCAGAUUGAAGAGCUAGAGGAGCGCCAGAAGAAGGGCCAGGCUCUGGACGCCGAGCAGACGGCGAAGCUCUCCACCAAGGCCUCCGUCCAGGCGGAGAUCGACCAGCUCUGA